AUGGAGGUUACAAAAAUCAAUACAGCACAAUAUGAAUUUUCAUGUGGUGUUGAGUUAGAAACUGUAGUAAAUAUUCUAAAUGAUAUUGAAAGAGCUUACCAACUAGAUUACCAUUUUUUAAUAUUACCAAUUUCGCAUCCAAGAUUUAAUAGAGAUUUUACAGCAUUAUCGUUGGGAAAUUCUUUUAGUAAUAAAGCACCAUUUACACGUUCAGAUGUAUUGUUACCAUCAAAUUAUUGGAAGUCUGUUGUUGUUGGUAAAGUCUCAGAAUCAGUGGUAGAUUGCGAUUCAAGCGAUUAUCACAUCAGAGUCAAUAGUAUUAAAACCUUAAAACAGGAAAUAUCAUGGGCAGCACAUCUUUCACUACCAGCUAUUUUAUUACCAUCACCCAACUAUUCAAGUAUACAUUAUGCUCAAGCUGUUAAUCAAUCAUUAUCCUCUUUGCACAAUAUGAGGGUUUGGAUUAGAAUACCCCUUUUAUCACCAAAAUCCCAACUUUUAAAUAAAGAAGAGUACAUCAAGGGUGAAGAAUUAGACAAGGUCGAUAACACAUGGGAAUGGUGGAACAAUUUUAGAUCAUUAUGUGGUAACAGUUUAAAUUUAUUCCCAGCUUUAGAGUUGACAUCAGAUUUACCAGAUAAAGAGCAAUUACAACAAUGGUGCGGCGAACAAAUCAAAUGUGUAAUCAUCCCAACAUCAAUUUUCUUAACCAAUAGCGCAGGAUAUCCAACAUUAUCUAGAGCACAUCAAGCAUUCCUAAAGAAACUUUUCAAUUUAAAUAUUCAAUAUGUUGUAACUGGUAAUGAAAUGGAACAGUUAGAAGAUUAUAAAACCUAUGUUAAAUUCCUCCAUGGUAAUCAAAAACCAAUGACCGAAGAUGAGUACUUUGAAAUGCCAUAUUUAGAUUUCCUUCAAGCUCCACUUCAACCAUUAAUGGAUAAUUUAGAGUCUCAAACUUAUGAAGUAUUUGAAAAAGACCCAAUUAAAUAUAGAGAAUACCAAAAUGCCGUUAGAGAAGCACUUUUAGAUCUAGACGAUAAAGACUAUACCGAAGAUAACCCAAUAGUGAUUAUGGUAGUUGGUGCUGGUAGAGGUCCUUUAGUUAAAUGCUCGAUUAAUGCAUCUAUUGAGGCUAAAAAAAAGGUUAAAGUUUUUGCUGUUGAAAAAAAUCCAAAUGCAAUUGUUACUUUAAGAAAUAGAGUUAUUCUCGAAGGCUGGGAAGAUUUAGUAACAAUUAUAGACAGCGAUAUGAGAGAAUGGGAUACAGAGUAUAGAGCAGAUAUUAUGGUUAGUGAAUUAUUAGGUUCAUUUGGAGAUAACGAAUUAUCACCAGAAUGUUUAGAUGGUGCACAAAAAUAUCUUAAAAAAGAUAAAGGUAUUAGUAUCCCAUGUUGGUAUACAUCUUAUAUAGCCCCAAUUAGUUCAUCAAAACUUUACAAUGAGGUCUCAACAUUUGGCGAAUUAAAACAUUACGAAACACCCUAUGUAGUAAAGCCACACAACUAUCAUCAAUUAGCAGAAUCCAAACCACUCUUUACUUUUAAACAUCCAAAUUAUGAUAAAGUAAUCGAUAACUCUAGAACAGAAAUACUAGAAUUUCAAACCACUGUAAAAUCAACUGUUUGUCAUGGAUUUAUUGGUUACUUUGAUUGCUGCCUUUAUAAAAAUGUUCAUAUUAGUAUAAAUCCUAAAAACUUUUCAACCGGUAUGUUUAGUUGGUUCCCAAUUUACUUCCCAUUAAAAGAACCAGUUUAUAUCCCUCAAAACUCAACUAUUAAAUGUUCAUUCUGGAGAACAAAUAACAAAACAAAAGUUUGGUACGAAUGGUGUUUAUUAUCCCCUCAGAUUACUCCAAUUCAGAAUGUUAAUGGUAGAUCAUACUAUAUUGGUUUAUAA